ACUUCUCAAUAUCUCCCCUUACCCUUUCCCUUCAGCACUUAUUAUCUGUUCUUUGUUUUCUGCAAUUGUUCUUCCUCAGAAACCCACCUCUGAAAACCCAAGAAAUUUUCACCAUGACAAGCACAGAAUCCAAGUUCCAGCAAAACCCACCUCUGAAAACCCAAAAGAUUUUUCUUGGAGUCCAAAUCUUCAUGAGGACUGUCACAGUGGCUGCUACAUUGGCUGCAACUUGGUUGAUGGUCACCAACAAGCAGACCAGUCAGAUUAUUGGCAUAGAAUUUGAUGCUCGUUAUUAUUAUUCACCUACCUUCAAGUUCUUUGCUUAUGCAAAUGCUGUUGUGAGUGCCUUCUGCUUGCUCUCCUUGUUCCUCGUUUUUCUUAUCCACCGCAAUGGCUCGAAUCCCGCCAACUACUUCAUCUUGUUCCUGCACGAUUUGGUGAUGCUGUGUUUGCUGAUGGCUGGAUGCUCGGCUGCAACUGCAAUAGGGUACGUGGGGCAAUAUGGGAAUAGCCACUCGGGCUGGGCACCAAUUUGUGAUCACUUUGGGAAGUUCUGCAAAAGAGGGACCGAUUCUGUGGUUCUCUCCUACUUGUCUGUCAUUUUCUUGCUCACGCUCACCAUCAGCUCUGCAACCAAGUCUGGAAAGAUUUAGGUUUUGAUACUCUCGUUAAGUUGUUGUUGUAGUAGAAGAAGAAGGUUUUUUUUUCCUUAUUUUUUGUUGUAAAAAUAAGUGAGUGUGAUGGAGGUGGACCUUUGUGAAAGUUGCACUGUGAUAUAUAAGAAUAUGUUGAGCUAGAGUCGUCCCAAUACAAACUGAGGUCUAAGACGAUAAUUUAACGAGA